ACUGCGAGCGGGCGGGGGCACUGCAGCACCGCGGCCCUCGGGCGUCCGGGCAGCGGCCCUCUAGAGGGGGCGCUGUGGGCACCGCCAAGCGUCCUUUUGUCAGCGCACAGGGCCGAGAGAGCUCUCAUUUCCUCCUAGCCUCGUGCUGGAAAUGGAUUUAAUUCUGACAUCAGGGCUGUAAGGGACGAGCGGGAACGAAAGCCUUUUGUCAAGGAGUAGCAGUCUCUGUUGUCUGUAAUUACCACCGACGCGGAGAAGCUGCGUUGCUGGUGGAAUUCCAGGCAGCUCUGGCAAGUGCGGGGCUGCAGGAUGGGUAGAAAACAUUGCUCUGUCGAUUAGCUGGGUGCAUUUAUCAAGCAGAUCACAAAAAGAAAAACCAACCAACAAAACAAACCCCCAACAACCCGCAGCGGAAGAACAGAGAUGGAUAAGAUGCCUUGCAGGAGCUUCUACCCGGAUGUUUGAGAUUCUGUAGAUGCAAUCAGCCACCCCUGGAGUGGAACGGAGUGUGCAGGCUGAGCGCUGAGAAGAGGCAGCCUGGGGCAAGGCUGCUCCACCCUCCUGGGUUCCAGGAGUGGACUGUAAACCCACCAGGACAAUGAGUGAAGAGACUGUCCCCGAGGCCGCCUCCCCGCCGUCCGCGCAGGGGCAGCAGUACUUCGAUCGUUUCUCCGAGGACGACCCCGAGUACCUGCGCCUUCGCAACCGUGCAGCGGACCUGCGGCAGGACUUCAACCUGAUGGAGCAGAAGAAGCGCGUCACCAUGAUCCUGCAGAGCCCGUCUUUCAGGGAGGAGCUGGAAGGCCUCAUCCAGGAGCAGAUGACGAAGGGGAACAACUCCUCCAACAUCUGGGCCCUGCGGCAGAUCGCGGACUUCAUGGCCAGCACCUCCCACGCAGUCUUCCCAACAUCUUCCAUGAACUUCUCCAUGAUGACGCCCAUCAAUGACCUCCACACAGCUGACUCCUUGAACCUGGCCAAGGGGGAGAGGCUCAUGCGGUGCAAGAUCAGCAGUGUCUACCGCCUCCUGGACCUGUACGGCUGGGCCCAGCUGAGUGACACCUAUGUCACGUUGAGAGUCAGCAAGGAGCAGGACCACUUCCUCAUCAGCCCUAAGGGAGUUUCUUGCAGCGAAGUCACAGCAUCCAGCCUGAUCAAGGUGAACAUCCUGGGAGAGGUGGUGGAGAAGGGCAGCAGCUGCUUCCCAGUGGACGCCACGGGCUUCUGCCUGCACUCGGCCAUCUACGCCGCCAGACCCGACGUGCGCUGUGUCAUCCACCUGCAUACUCCGGCCACGGCGGCGGUGUCAGCCAUGAAGUGGGGCCUCCUGCCUGUGUCCCACAAUGCCCUGCUGGUGGGGGACAUGGCCUAUUAUGACUUCAAUGGCGAGAUGGAGCAGGAAGCCGAUCGGAUCAACCUGCAGAAGUGCCUUGGACCCACCUGCAAGAUCCUGGUGCUAAGAAACCAUGGAGUGGUUGCUCUGGGUGACACCGUAGAGGAGGCAUUUUAUAAGAUCUUCCACCUGCAAGCUGCGUGUGAGAUACAGGUGUCUGCCCUGUCCAGCGCGGGGGGCGUGGAGAACCUCAUCCUCCUGGAGCAGGAGAAGCACCGGCCUCACGAGGUGGGCUCCGUGCAGUGGGCGGGGAGCACCUUCGGGCCCAUGCAGAAGAGCCGGCUGGGGGAGCACGAGUUCGAAGCCCUCAUGAGGAUGCUGGACAAUCUGGGUUACAGAACAGGCUACACCUACCGCUACCCCUUUGUUCAAGAGAAAACCAAACACAAAAGUGAGGUGGAGAUUCCAGCCACGGUCACAGCCUUCGUGUUUGAGGAGGACGGCACCCCGGUGCCCGCCCUGAGGCAACACGCCCAGAAGCAGCAGAAGAAGACCCGCUGGCUCAACACACCCAACACCUACCUGCGGGUCAACGUGGCCGACGAGGUCCAGAGAAGCAUGGGCAGCCCCCGGCCAAAGACCACAUGGAUGAAGGCCGACGAGGUGGAGAAAUCCAGCAGUGGCAUGCCCAUACGGAUCGAAAACCCAAACCAAUUUGUGCCUCUGUAUACUGACCCUCAAGAAGUGCUGGACAUGCGCAACAAGAUUCGAGAACAAAACCGACAGGAUGUGAAGUCGGCGGGGCCUCAGUCCCAGCUGCUGGCGAGUGUCAUCGCUGAGAAGAGCCGAAGCCCGUCCACAGAGAGCCAGCUGAUGUCCCGGGGCCAGGAGGAUACCAAAGACGAGGCCGAGGAGAUAGCGCCCAACCCCUUUAGCCAACUCACGGAUCAGGAGCUGGAGGAGUACAAGAAAGAGGUGGAGAGGAAGAAGCUAGAACUCGAUGGAGAGAAAGAACCUGCCCCUGAGGAGCCUGGCUCACCUGUAAAGUCUGCACCUGCUUCUCCAGCUCAGGGUCCAGCCGAGUCAGAGACGAAGAGCCCCGUGGGCUCUCCCUCCAAGUCUGUGGACGAAGUUGCUAAGAAGACGGAAACAAGCAUAGCCACCACAGAGCCGGAAACGACGCAGCCAGAAGGAGUGGUGGUCAACGGCAGGGAGGACGAGCAGACAGCAGAGGACAUCCUCAGCAAAGGCCUCAGCCAGAUGACCACCAGCGCCGACACGGAUGUCGAUACCUCGAAGGACAAAACAGAGUCAGUCACCAGCGGUCCCAUGUCCCCAGAGGGCUCGCCUUCCAAGUCUCCCUCAAAGAAGAAGAAGAAAUUCCGCACCCCGUCUUUCCUGAAGAAGAGCAAAAAGAAGGAGAAAGUGGAAUCCUGAUUCGCAGCCCCCUGGGGCUCCCAUCUGUGUCCUCCCUCCCCUCCCUCGCCGUCUCCCAUCUCUGUCCCUGGAAGCACGGGGGCCAAGGAGGGGUCGAAUAGGCCCUGGAUCACACUCUGAUGGGAAACUUAGAGACUACACCACCGACCCCUCAUUUGACAGUUGCCCCACAGAAAUCAGGUGACUUUCCCAAGGUCAUACAGCUGGUUCGUGGCGGAGCCUGCACUGGAAGUCAGGUCUUCUGGCUCCCAGUCCAGCGCUUUUUCCACUACACGACACUGCCUAGCUGUGGGCUGCCCUUGUGAGGAUGCUGCCCCUGAUCUGAGCCCAGGGCAAGGGGCCAAAGUCAGCCGCAAGCUCUCACAAAUCAGACCCAAAUCAGACAGGUCGAGGCUUCCCUGAGCAAGGUCCCUGUCCUUGCGUGAACCCAACCUCCUGCUGAUGGAGCUGUCACUAUGUUUAGAAAUCUCACUUCUCUUUCCCGUAGGGUAACUGCCCUGCUGCUCACAGGAACCACACAAGUGGACCCGUCCCUCCACCAGAAGUUAAUCCUUGUUCCCAAGGGCUGAUGGCUUAGCUUGUGCUCCCCCAACCACUAACCCCGAGCUUUCUUCAUGGAACCUCUGGAAUGACGGCCGGAAUUGUUGUAAGAGUGGGCAGACGUGAGGGCAGCCAGAUCAGCCACAGCGUGGAGGAUGGUUCGGUCAAUAUAAGAAACCAGGAACUUGACCCAUUUGAACUGUGCAUCUCAGGCCUUCAAAACUAAAACCAAAUGUAGCUUAGGAAAACCUUCUGUCAUGAGCAGGGCCGAAAUCUGGGGAAAUUUCGAUCCUCCGUUGGCUUUGGGUUGUGCAAGGAGGAUCAGGACAGCACGGAUAUGCGAUGCCUUUCAAGCAUUGCCUGACUCUCAGGGCAGCGCGUCUCACCCUGGCCCCCUCCGGUCCGGCAUCUGGCAUCCCCUGACCUCCCCUUAAACCUAGAAGCCCUGGCUCACAGCCUGGAACUGGCAUCUUACCCUUGGCCCCUUGACCGUGGCUCCUCUGGGUUCUGACUCAGUCACUCUAGGUCCAGCAGAGGAGAAUGAGGUGAGCCCUUCAGGAUUAAUCCUCUCGGACCAGCUCUCAGAGAAAGGCUUGGGUGUCCCUGGCCCUGUCACUGUCUUCCCAUCAAUCCCGGGGCCUCUAAGAGCCACAGCUAUUUUUUUAGAUGCCGUCACUAUCUUUUCAUACUCUUCGCUGGGGCUUUCAUUUAAGAGCAUCAUCGACUCCUAAAAAAUAGACAAUCCAUUCUCUUUAAAGCACAGUGUCUUCAAAGAAUAUUUUCCCUUUCUGUCCUGACUACUGUCAAAGUAUUUUUGAAAGUUCUUAAUCAUAGUUUUCCAUUUUUGAGCACUUACUACACACACACACACACACACACACACACUGUGCAGGCUUCACAUACACUAUAUCCUUUAACCCUCAUGAUAAUCCUGUAAUGUGGGUCAGAUUAUUCCCAUUUUAUGGGUAGGAGAACUGAGCCCCCCAAAGGACAAUUGACUUGUUCCAGUGACUUAGCUAGAAAGAUUCAGAGCCUGGAUUUGAACCCAGGUCCGUCUGAGUCCAGAGCCUUUGCACUUAACAGCUAUGAUGAUCAGAAAACUUUAAUCUCCGAGGGUGCUUGUUUUAGUCCUGGACCGUUUCGUUUCUGUGACUGGUCUCCACUGCGUAAUGUUAGCGCUUGAAGUGAAGGUAGGAAACCACCUGUGUUCUCCCCGAUCAGUGCACAGUAAGUUCCUGGUGAAUGUGGGCUGUGACAGGGCCAAUGUGGACCUCUGACAAAGGAGAGGCCAGAGCUUUCUGGCUGGGGCAGGAAACACCAUCAUCGUGGGGCUAUUUCUUGAGAAGGAAGGAAACUGACACAUGACUAAGGAAAACACAAAUACCGUGUGUCCCUAGAGCAGAUUCCUAACUGCUCUCCAGACCCAUCUCUCUGUUCUGCUUCUGAUUGAGUCAAGUCUUGUGAUGGACAACCCAAAGCAGAAAAGUCUGUGAUACGGCAAAUGCCUUUCAAAGCCACUCCUUUGAUGCCUUCUU